CACGCCCACCGGGUGUCCCGCCCUCAAGUCCCCCAAAAGUCAAGGCCUCCGCCCCGCCUCCCUUCACUGUCCCAGCCAUGGCUUCACGCCUCUUCCGCAGGUCCCUGCGCUUGUGGGGCGGCUGGUGCGCACCGUGUCCGCCACGUUCAGCAAGAUGUUCUCAUUCUGGAGGGGAGGAACGCCUUGAAAGUCCUUCUGCUAAAAAACUCACAGACAUAGGAAUUAGAAGAAUCUUCUCUUCCGAGCAUGACAUUUUCCGGGAAAGUGUAAGGAAGUUUUUUCAAGAACAAGUGAUUCCAUAUCAUGCAGAGUGGGAGAAAGCUGGAGAAGUGAGUAGGGAGCUUUGGGAAAAAGCUGGGAAACAAGGACUGCUCGGUAUCAAUAUUGCAGAGCAUCAUGGUGGCAUUGGUGGGGACUUCUACUCGACAGCUGUUGUUUUUGAGGAGCAAGUCUAUUCGAAUUGUUCAGGCCCGGGUUUUAGUCUCCAUUCAGAUAUUGUCAUGGCCUACAUUGCGAACUAUGGCUCAGAAGAACAGAUUAAGCACUUCAUCCCCCCGAUGACUGCAGGGAAAUGUAUUGGUGCCAUAGCAAUGACAGAGCCCGGGGCUGGAAGCGACUUGCAAGGAAUAAGAACACAUGCUAAAAAGGAUGGAAGUGACUGGAUUCUUAAUGGCAGCAAGGUGUUCAUUUCUAACGGGAAGCUCUGUGACAUCGUGAUCGUAGUGGCAGUGACAAAUCCCAAUGCUCGCUCUCCUGCUCAUGGCAUCAGCCUUUUUCUGGUGGAAGAUGGAAUGAAAGGAUUUAUCAAGGGACGGAAGCUCCAAAAAAUGGGACUAAAAGCCCAGGACACUGCAGAAUUAUUCUUUGAAGACGUAUGGUUGCCGGCUAGUGCCCUCCUGGGGGAAGAGAAUAAGGGCUUCUAUUACCUCAUGAAAGAGCUUCCACAGGAAAGGCUUUUGAUUGCCAUAUCAGCAAGUUCAGCCAGCGAAUUUAUGUUUGAAGAAACCAGGGAGUACGCUAAACAGAGAAAAGCUUUUGGGAAAACAAUUGCACAUCUACAGACGGUGCAGCAUAAACUAGCAGAAUUAAAAACAGAGAUCUGUGUAACCAGAGCUUUUGUGGACAGCUGUCUCCAGUUGCAUGCAGCAAAACGUCUGGAUUCUGCCACUGCUUCCAUGGCGAAAUACUGGUCUUCUGAAAUGCAAAACCAUGUAGCUUAUGAUUGUGUACAGCUCCAUGGAGGCUGGGGAUACAUGUGGGAGUACCCAAUUGCAAGAGCUUACGUGGAUGCCCGAGUUCAGCCAAUCUACGGUGGUACCAAUGAAAUAAUGAAGGAGCUGAUUGCAAGAGACAUCAUCCAAGACUAAUAGCCAUCUGCCCGCAUCCUGGAAUCCUAUUACAACUAAUCUGGUUUUACAUCUACUCAAGAUAAAAUGCAACCUGGACAGGGAGGAAACACUAAACAUGUUUUCAUAUGCUCUCUUAUAGAAAAAAAAAUUAAAUGCAAAUAUAAGAUUAACACAAUGGGAGAAGAAAUCUUUCCAAAGAUUCUAAAAUUCUCAAACACAAAGUUGAACUUUUAAUUUUUAUGUAGCUAAAAGACAAAGAUUUUCUAAUUCUAGAGGCAUUAGUGUUUCAUUUUUCCUAAAAUUCUAAAAAUGUGUAAUUGCUUAAAUCUUUAAAAUUGAAGCAGAAAUAAUUUUGUUAUUAAUAUUAACAACAAAAUAUUAAAAAUAAUAAUGGUGCUUACAGCAUAUUGACUUUGAAGGGAAAUAAUAUAAUUUAGAAUCAAAAUAGUUUCAGCUAUGUUUUGAUUCCUAUGUUUCCUAUGUUUUGCUCUAAAUUUCCCAGAACAAUGGAAUUCUCCCACACUACCCUAAACCUCUGUUUUUAAGUAAUGGAACCCUUUCUUCAAACUAAAGCUUAUGCAGGGAGUCCCUGUAAAAUGGCGGUAAAUGAAGAGGUGCUCUCGCUGAAUCAGGAAGCCUGUCUGGCACUCAGCUAAGUCCCUGCCUAACCCCGCUAGAGAAUGCUGUUUGUUCUCUCACCUCCUGACACCCAGUUCUAUAGGAGAACACAAAAUAAUCCAUCAUCCUUUAUCUUUAAGCGUUUGGUGUAUUUUAUCAGUAUCAGAACAGUGACUUUCAUUUUGGAACAGUCUACUGUAAUGAAUUAAUUAAUAAAUAAUAUAAGAAGUAAGUCAAUGAACAAGAUAAUUUCAAAUUACAAACGCAAUAAAAGAGAAUAAGCAUUUAAAAUAGGAAAGCGAGGAAAUGACAUUUGUUUUCAGACUUAGAAGUAAUUCUUA